CAUAGUACAAUAACCUGCUUAUACACAGAGCCAGCCAACCAGUGCCCUGCCCUGCCCGGUGGAGCUGCGGAGCUGGCACUGUGAGAGGUGGUGGGCCAGCUGUUCCCUCAUCCUGCAGAACUCAGUUGGACUCCAGGGUUCGAGUUGGUGUUGGCGCUCGCGUGCGGAUGGUGGCGGAGGAGCCCAACUGACCGAGGGGAUUAUACUACUUAAACUUCUGCAUUAUUUACAACACUGUUAUUCUUCAUUAAAGCCUGUUAACCAUGCCAGCCUCCGACAGUAUGGCCGCUCAGCUUCUGGCAUACUUCCUGUGUCUUCUGGGGCUGAUUGGCACGCUGGUAGCCACGGCACUGCCACACUGGCGACACACGGCUUACUUCACCUCCAACCUCAUCACGGCCACGUCCUACAUGAAGGGCCUGUGGAUGGAGUGUGUCAGUCACACCACCGGGAUCUACCAGUGUGAGCUCAACCGCUCCAUGCUCUCUUUACCCCAGGACCUGCAGGUAGCCCGGGCCCUCAUGGUGUUUUCCUCGGUUAUAUCCACCGUCGGCACUGUCGUCUCUGCCAUCGGAAUGAAGUGCACCCGCUGUCUCCACCAGUCUCCCACCAAGGACCUUGUGGCCGUGACUGGGGGGGCAUGUUUUGUCUGCGGCGGGAUGCUCUGCCUCAUCACUGUGUGCUGGACCAUCCGAAACAUCCUUUACGACGCCUACAACCUGUUCUACACCGGGGGGAUAAACUACGGGGUGGGACUUUGUGUGUACAUCGGUUUCGCCUCCGCCAUCUUUAGCAUUUUUGGGGGCGGGGUGCUGUGCGCCACUUGCUGCAAUACAAUGAACCGCAAUCCCGCAAAACAGUCUGCUCUAAAUACCCAACAGCACCAAUCUUACCAACCCCACUCCGCCCACAGGAAAGAGCACUCCGCCCACAGAAACGAGCACUCCGCCCACAGGAAUGAGCAAUUCUCAUCUCAGCUUUCUGUGACCAGUAGGUGGAGCUUGACCGGCGAAUUAGUUUAAGGGAAAUUUCAGUAAAGAUGGACGAAGGCUUCUAGAUGCAUAAUCACUCUACUAUUUGUCUACCUUUAACAUACAGGUCAAUAUCAAUAUAAUACACCUUUCGUGUCAUAGUUGUUUAAAUCUCAUGCAACCGCUGUCUAACAACUAGCACUGUAAAGUAAUUUAAUAACUUUUAAUUACAUGCUCUGUGAUUAAUUCAUCUUUAUUAAUUACAUUUAAUCACAUCAUCAAAGAAUAGCAAGAAAAGAAACCUGUAAUGAACAUCAGUCAGUAAGAGUUACUCUAAAUCCUGAAUGUUUCUAAUACUACACCAAUUUACUAUAGCUGCACCUUUAUUCGACCAAACAUCAUAAAACUAUUAUAGACAACUCUCACAUGUCAGAGGUUAUUUCGAGGAGAUUUAAGGCUACUCAAAUAUUUCUUAAAGAGAAACCUGACUCUAAUACAUUUUACAUUAAUAGCUGAAAUAUGCUGCUCUGUUAAAAUAAAAUAUUCCAGCUCUGCUUACAAUGCUUAAAAAAGGUUCUUUGGCUUUUAUUUUUUUAUUAAUAUGAUCUGGUUUGGGGACUUUUAUUGUGAAAUAAUAGUGAUGUAAACUGUUUUCUAAGAUGAAUUAACGGCUGAUGUUUGGUAUCAGAAAUAUAUUAGAUAUGUGCUGAUUAGAUAUGGUAAGAUAUGGUAGGUGUGGUAUUAUGUUUGAUAUGAUGUCUGUACAUGUAUUCUGAUUUUCAAAGGGCACCAAGCGUUAAUGUUUUUAACCUUUUUUUUUGUUUUUGUGGUUAAUUAUUUGAAAUGAACGUGGUUUUUUUUUUUUACAGCCCCAGAACAACCCAGAUAGCCAGCGACUUUGGCCCGGACUCGUUUCUAAGUAGGUACUGCUGGUUUAGAGUCACAAGCAGAAAAAUACUUCUGGCCCACAGCUGGCCCAGUGUCACUUUCUGACUGUUCUACAUCAGUGUCACUGAGCAAUCAUUUUGGUUCUGGUGAACGACUGUCGCACCUGACCUGUUGAUUCUCUGAACACAGUUGUGUACUGGCUCAAAUAUGGCAGACGACCCUGUACCAGCACUGCACUAACAAAGUGGAAAACUGACUGUUCCCUACUGUUAGCACUUUUCUACCAAAGCUGACUUGUAUAUUUUACAGUUACAGAGGACUCCUGUUAGUAAGAGUACACACACACACACACACACACACCUGUUAUAGUACUGCUUCACCCAACACACACACGCACACACAACCUGUUAUAGUACUGCUUCACACAAACACACACACACACACACAGCCUGUUAUAGUACACACACACACACACACACACACACAGCUUGUUAUAGUACUGCUUCACACACAAACACACACACACACAGCCUGUUAUAGUACACACACACACAUACACAGCCUGUUAUAGUACUGCUUCACACAAACACACACACACACACAUACACAGCCUGUUAUAGUACUGCUUCACACAAACACACACACACACACACAUACACAGCCUGUUAUAGUACUGCUUCACACAAACACACACACAAACACAGCCUGUUAUAGUACUGCUACACACACACACACACACACACAGCCUGUUAUAGUACUGCUUCACACAAACACACACACACACACAAACAAAGCCUGUUAUAGUACUGCUACACACACACACACACACACACACACACACACAAACAAAGCCUGUUAUAGUACUGCUACACACACACACACACACACACACACAAACAAAGCCUGUUAUAGUACUGCUACACACACACACACACACACACAAACAAAGCCUGUUAUAGUACUGCUACACACACACACACACACACACACACACACAAACACAGCCUGUUAUAGUACUGCUACACACGCACACACACACACAAACACAGCCUGUUAUAGUACUGCUACACACACACACACACACACAAACACAGCCUGUUAUAGUACUGCUACACACGCACACACACGAUCAGCAUCCCUAGACCCCAAAACCAACCGUCCCUUAGCAAAAUAACUUCCCGCAGCUAUAAGCAGUAUUGAGACGUGUGUGCGUGU